ACUGCUUACUUGUCACACGCCUUCUUCCUCCCAAUACCCUGCCGACACUUUCACCACCGAGAACCCGAGGAAAACUUGGUCUUUGGAGGAGCGGUCGCGCCAAACGAUGUCAAUUCCUGCAACUCCAGCCCGUGCCAUAACGUCCAUACUUUCCAAUCGAUCAGCUCCCUCAAUACCUCCCGCAUCGCAGACAUAUGAACCACUUGUGAAGGCUGUACUACGGCAACGACUGCUUUAUUACAUCCUUCUUCCCGCAUUUGCCUACACAUGGCUGAUCGCGAAUAUGUGGUCUGUCUGGAGCCAGGGAGGAAUGGCUCACAUUGGCAUCUGGGCAACGGUCGUGAACUCUGUGCGGCCACUCACAUGGAUCUAUGCCAUGUCUAUGUGGCUAUUAGGAGCUGUUCCCGCUAUUAUUUUGAGUAACCGGUUUCUGUCUGGUGAGUCUAAACGUAUCUCAGAAUGUAUAGCCACGACACGUUCGAUCAAGUCGGGAGCCUUGAGUACGGCCCGCAUGGCCAACGCACGUGUCUUCAAUCCGUGGAACACGCUUGUUAUACUAGCGUUGCCUUUCUACCGCGAUCUUUGAACAGUGCAAUCGUCAAAUGGGAAGGAGUAACUCCAAGUCCCAUCGUUAGACCGUUCACGUUCAUUUGGGGAGCGAUCAAGUGGUUCUCUACGCGUCUUUGCAC